ACCACGCCAGCGCCGAGUCUCCGGAUUCGGCCUGCUACUCAGCCUACUCAUCGUCUAUUUAAUAUACCGAAAUGUGGGCGACAGCGACGAAACCACGCAUCAGAUCGUCCUGCGGAACGAAAACCAACAUGUCUUCCCCCCUGCAUACGCACCACCCACCGCAACCGCAACAACCCCCCAAACCCCAACCCCAACCCCAACACCAAAACCCACCACUACAAUGCCCAAAAACCACAACAACCCCCCUGCUCCUCCCUCCCCGCCAUGGACGACAUUCUAGUCGUGCUCAAAACAGGCGUCACCGAAGCGCGCGACAAAGUCCCCGUGCACCUCGAAACCACCCUCCGCUGCAUCCCCCACUACGUGAUCUUCAGCGACACCGACGAACACAUCGGGCAAGCCCAGACAUACGAUGUCCUGCGCGACAUGCCCCUCGCCCUUCGGGAAACCCUCCCCGAAUUCGACCUCUACAACCGGGUACGCGCCACCGGGCGCGGCGGCCUAACAGACACCGACCUCACGCAAGACGUGAACAGCAACUUCGGCAAGCAAAACAACCCGGGUUGGAAACUCGACAAAUGGAAGUUCCUGCCCAUGGUGAACCGCACACGGGCCGCCAUGCCCCAUGCCAAAUGGUACGUCUUCAUGGAAGCGGACACCUACCCGGUGUGGACCAACCUGGUCACCUGGCUGGCGCAGUUCGACUCAAACCGCCCGUACUACCUGGGCAACCAGAUGCAGAUCGGCGACGUGCUGUUCGGGCACGGCGGGUCGGGGUUCGUGCUGUCGCAGGCGGCGCUGGCUGCAGCCGAUAACCUGUGGCAGUCGAAUGUAGCGCGGUGGGACGAGUUCACGGCGGGACAGUGGGCAGGCGACUGCGUGCUGGGACAGCUGCUGAAUGAGGCUGGAGUGGGUCUGCUUUGGGCGUGGCCGCAUCUGCAGCGGGAGCCGCCCGGGGAAUUCGACUACUUUAACGAGGGAUACGGCAAGAAGCCGUGGUGUUAUGCGCCUGUGGCGUUCCACCACCUGACGCCGGAGGAGGUGCGCGAGCUAGCGGAGUUCGAGCAGCGCUGGCGCGCGGCGGGGAACUCGCGCUUGCUGUACGCAGAUGUAUUCCAGAAUAUGGUGAAGGGGAAGAUGAGCGGGAUCCGCGAGGACUGGGACUCGCAUGGUGAAGCGGGGCCGGAGGAUGCGCCUGUUAUGGAGGCGAUCAGUAUGGUGGAGUGUCGGUCGUUGUGUGUGAGCGACGCCAAGUGCGUGCAGUAUGUGUUUGCGGAGGGGCGGUGUUGGACGUCGCCGAUGCCGAAGCUGGGGGCGCCGCGUGAGGGAUUCACGUCGGGAUGGUUGUCGGAUCGGGUAGCUGCUGUUUCUGGUAUGGAACGGUCUUGUCGACGGGCGUCUUGGGUUUUGGAUUAGUGUAUAUUACUGGUUUGGAGUUUGUAUAUAUUUAUUUUUU